AUGAGUUUGUAUUCGUUGAUUUUCGCACUAUCUUGUUCAAUUCUUUAUAUAUUCGCUUACACUGAUCCGUCUGUGGUCAAUCCACAAUUAGUGAAGAGAUUCGAAUAUAAAUAUUCAUUUAAAGGCCCUCAUCUUGCUUUUAAAGACGGAACUGUACCGUUUUGGACAUUUGGCGGGAGUGCGAUUGCCAGUGAUGAACAAGUACGUGUGACACCGUCGAUUCGUAGCCAAAGAGGCCGGAUUUGGACUAAAAAUCCAUUGGUAGCUGAUCAUUGGCUGCUCGAUGUGAAGUUGCGUGUCACAGGACGAGGCCGUGUUGGUGCUGAUGGAAUGGCGAUUUGGUUUACAGAAAAACCAGGUUCCGAAGGCAGUGUCUUUGGUUCAAAUGAUCAAUGGAAUGGAUUAGGUAUCUUCUUGGAUUCAUUCGACAAUGAUGCAUUAAGUGUCUCACUCCAAAAUAAUCCAAUUAUUGCUGUUAUGAUUAAUGAUGGUACAAAAGUUUAUGAUCAUCACAAUGAUGGCAGUAGUCAGAUUCAAGGCAGUUGCAUUCGAGACUUCCGUAACAAGCCAUUGCCAAUCCAACUUAAAAUCGAAUAUAUUAAUCAAGCAUUAACCAUUUAUAUCAACAAUGGCAUUUCACAUGAUGACAAUGCUUUCGAAUUUUGUACACGAAUCGAUCGAGUACAGUUACCAAAGAGUGGUUUUCUCGGUGUUACAGCUGCUACCGGUGGUCUUGCCGAUGAUCAUGACGUUCUGGAGUUUCUGACAAGUACUUAUUCGGAUCGUCAACAAUUAGCAGAAAAUCAGGCUGCCAACGACGAACAAGCACGAAAAUAUAAGGAAGAAUACGAAAAAUAUGAACAAGAGCUGAAACAACAACAAGUUGAUUAUCAAAAGCAACAUCCAGAAGCGACGACACGAAUUAAUGAACAGCAAAUAUAUGAAUCGGAAUAUGAUCGUGAAUUCCGUGUUAUCUUAGAAGGUCAAGAUCAAAUUCGAUUAUCACUAACAGGUCUUGAUAAUAAAAUGGUUGAACUUUUGGGACGUAUUGAACGACUGUCGACGAUGGGUGGUGGCCAACAGCAGAUUGCCGGACAAGCUCAAGGCGCAGCAGGCAUCGCCACAGGUGUUCCAUCAGAUGUUGCUCGAAUUCAAGAUAUUAACCGCGUAAUUUCUGCGAAUUCUGAUAUGACACGCACUAUCCAAGGUUUUUCACAAGUUUUAACUGAUUUACAACAAAAAGUCAAUAACAUACAAUCAAAUUUCGGAAAUCAAAAGCCAAGUGGUACAGGUCAACAAGUUGUAGGUGGUCCUAGCACUGAUCCAGCCAUCUUAAAUGAACUUCGCGAUACAAUUCGUCAAAUCAAAUCAGAAACCAAUACACUUUUACACAAACCUAAUACUCAAGUCAAAUGUGCAUCUGUUGAUGGUGCCGGUGACUCAACAUGUUUGGGUCCAUAUACAUUCUUCACCAUCAUUGCUUUACAAAUCGUCGCUAUAAUUGGUUAUAUGACAUUCAAGAAUCGUCGCGAGCAACUUUCACGCAAAUAUUUGUGA